CAUGAGGACACUCGGUGUCAUCUUGCUUGGAUGUGCGCUUCUCCUUCCAGCUACUUGUUCAGGGAUAGGUGUCAGUGUCGCCCUGGGGAAGUCAGCGUAUCAAACCAGCACUGCUUGGACUGGGGCUGCAGGCCGUGCUGUAGACGGGAACACUGAUGGCGACUACCAGGCUGGUUCCUGUUCACACACUGCUACAGAGGCAUAUCCAAGCUGGUGGGUGGAUCUUGGUCAGUCGUAUAUGGUUAGCAGAGUAGCAAUCUUCAACCGGAUGGACUGUUGUUCGGAACGACUCAACCCCUUCAACAUCCACAUCGGAGAUUCCGACCAGGUCAGCAAGAACCCCAAGUGUGGCGGUGACCAUCACAUCGACGUGAACCAGUCGUCCAUUUCCGUCUCCUGUCAGGGGAUGAGGGGGCGGUACGUGGGCGUCCGUCUCCCCGGCCCCUCCCGAAUACUGACCCUGUGUGAAGUCCAGGUUUCUUUGGGUAUUCGCCGCCCAAACAUCGCCUUAGGGAAACCAACGCAACAAUCAAGCGUCUCACACGACGGCGUCUCUGGUCGGGCGGUGGACGGCGACCGAAAUGGAGCCUGGCGCGGUGAAUCCUGUACCCACACCCGGCAGACUGACAACCCGUGGUGGCGUGUCAACCUGGGCAGCUCUCGCAGCGUCGGCGACGUCGUCAUCUUCAACCGACAGGACUGCUGUCAGGAAAGGCUGAGUCCCUUCCGGCUUCACGUCGGAGAUUCUCCUCACGUGGGCUCCAACCCAACCUGCGGCGGGGACCACGUGGUGCCGGCGGGACAAACAGCCAUCACCGUGGACUGCCACGGGCGUACGGGCCGAUAUGUGGGCAUCCUUCUACCGACAAAGCAGUCUCUCACACUUUGUGAGGUCGAGGUGUAUGAAGAUAUCGAUGUUCAGGUAGAACGGCUCGGGUGCUGGGCAGACACCGCUGACAGGGCCAUCCCUACUGUCGAGGGAUCGGACCCGAGGUUGGACGGACCGUACCAGUCACGUGAACAGGCCAUCCAGAAAUGCCAGGCCGUGGCGCAGAGUCGCAACUUCUCUGUGUUUGCUCUUCAGAAUGGAGGUUGGUGCGCGGCAUCUGCAGAUGCGGAAAACACCUAUGAGAUGUACGGACCAUCGGGAGCUUGUAAAGACGAUGGCGAAGGCGGUCCUUGGGCAAACGAGGUUUACAGGAUAACUCAACGCUGUCCAAGCGGGGCCUACAGUGAGGCCACAGGGACGUGUGCCGCGGACGGAAUCAUGCCGGAAGACGACGCGGCCAGCUCUUUUUUCGGCACUAUGGGAAGUGAUAUCGACGAGUGUGAGACCAACAAUGGCGGCUGUGCUCAGAUUUGCACCAACACCAUCGGCAGUUUCCAGUGCUCCUGUCGGGACGGCUUCGGCCUCAACACGGACGGAUUCACCUGUGACC